UUCCAGGAUUUGCUGGCCUUCACUGUCUUGCUUAUCAUGGUAUCGAUGAGAUUGCAAGCAGUGUAUUGCAGACGCACGCUGGUGACCCCAGCAAGGCCGAUUCCUUGGGCUUUACACCAUUGAUGUGGGCCGCUCAAAACGGACACGAAGGCAUGGUAAAGCUAUUACUCAAAGAGAAAAAUAUCAAUUUAGAAGCUCAGGACGCCGAAUGGGGACGAACAGCGCUCUCUUCGGCUGCCGGUGCUGGGUAUGAGACAAUAGUAAAGGUCCUGUUAGAUCAGGGAAAGGUCGAUGCCAAAUCCCAAGACUGGAGAGGUAGAACACGCCUGUCCCACGCUGCGGAGUCGCAGAAAGUGGAAGUCGUCACGAUAUUUCUGGAACGGGAAGGUGUCAAUGCCCAACUGCCAGGCAAUGAUGGUAGAACACCCCUCUCCCACGCUGCCGAAGAGGGAAGUGCAGAAGUCGUCAAGCGGUUUCUGGAGCGGAAAGAGGUCGAGGCCGAAUUACAGGAUGAUACGGGUAGAACACCCCUCUCCUACGCUGCCGAAAUGGGAACAGUGGAAGCCGUGAAGCUGUUUCUUGAACAUCCAGAGGUCAAUGCCGAACUGCGAGACAAUAGUGGGAGAGUUCACCCCUACGCUGCAGGGUCGGGAGCAGUGGAAGCUGUCAAGGUGUUUCUGGAGCGGGAAGGGGUUAAUGACGAAUUGGGGGAUGAUGAUGGCAGAACACCCCUCUCCUACGCUGCC